AUGGGAUUAACUUCAAAAUUAGAAAAGCUUGUAUUGAAGGAUAGCAAUGCUGAACCCCCUGGUAGCUCCCAAUCCACUAGAAGCGCCAAGGACACGGAUGACAUUGAUGAAUUAGAUACCGAAGGACAAUCGAUUCUCAUGGGUAUAAUUGCCCAAUUAAGGCCAGGGAUGGAUUUGACCAGGAUUACUCUCCCAACAUUUAUUCUAGAGAAGAAGUCGAUGUUAGAGAGAAUCACUAAUUUCUUCCAAAUCCCCGAUAUCUUAUUAAAAGCAGACAAGACGGAAGAUGAUUUGGAAAGGUUUGUUCUCGUUGUUGCAUGGUAUUUAGCUAGUUGGCACAUUGCGCCAAAAGCGGUGAAGAAGCCUCUCAACCCUGUCCUAGGUGAAAUAUUCAAUUGCUACUGGGAUGACCUACCUGAUGGAAAUACUGCCUAUUACAUCUCCGAGCAAACUUCGCAUCAUCCACCCAAGUCAUCUUACUUUUACUUAAUGCCAGAGCUGAAAAUUAGAGUUGACGGCGUUCUCAUUCCAAAAUCUCGAUUUUUAGGCAACUCAUCAGCAGCUAUUAUGGAAGGGGUUGGAAGACUCACUUUGGGUCAUCACAAUGAAGUGUAUGAAAUGACCCAGCCUAAUGUAUAUUGCAGAGGAAUUCUUUUUGGAAAAUUGAAAACUGAAUUAGGUGAUCACAUGUAUGUAAAAUGUGAGAAAACAGGAUUCGAAGCAGAUGUAGAUUUUAAGGUAAAAGGCUUCAUUAGUGGUACAUAUGAUGCCAUCGAAGGGGUAAUCAGAGACAGCAAGACUUCCGAAGAUCUAUACAUUAUAUCAGGUAAAUGGAAUGGUGUCAUGGAAAUAAAGGAUGUUCGAACUGGAUCGAAACGAGUUUUAGUUGACUGCGCUGACACUGUGGCACUAAAACCCAAAGCUCGCCCAAUUUCUGAACAGGAACCACACGAGUCUCGUAAAUUAUGGAAGUCUACCAUUGAUGCUUUGGCAGAAAGGGACCAUCAAACAGCUACUCAAGAAAAAUCAAUUGUUGAGAACGAGCAACGUGAAUUGGCAAAGAAGAGAAUCGAGGAUGGUGUCGAAUUUCACCCAAAGUUAUUCCGGCCAGUUAGUGAGAAAGAAAUUGAAAUCCAAGACUUGCAAUAUAUUAUCUACAAAAAAUUCAAUUUGGAAGAUGAACCGCAAGUUUUGAGAGAGAAGGUAUUGGAAAUUGCUCCCAUAUUGCCUGGCCAGAACUUCGAUGAAAAGUUUGAAAUUCCUGCAUUCAAAAAGCAUGAGCAAGACUAG